AUGGAAAGGCUUCACCUGUGCUUGUGCUUCCUGAAGUUCAGUUUCAGCCUUCCACCGAGAUCCGAGCUCAUAGUUCACUGUUGUUUUGCGAACCUGAGGGUGUUUAUCGAAAUUCGAAAGCAACACUCGUUCUCCGAUUCAGAUUCCGAUUCCGACCGCUCUCAGGCCGGCGAGUCCAACUCCGUCCUCUCCAAUUCCAUCUUCAAAUUCUACUUCGAGCUCACCGCCCCCUCCGUUUCCCCGUCCCCGCACGACCUCUCAAAAAUCCAAUCCCGUCCCCGUCACCGCCAUCUUCCAUUCUUCCUCCGGCGCUUUCUCAUGCCUUGUAUGCCUGGAGCGCAUCCGACCUUCCGAUCCCACCUGGUCUUGCGCUUCCCUCCCCCUGCUUCGACGUCUUCCACCUCCUCUGCAUCCAAUCAUGGGCUCGCCAGGCCUCCGAUCUCGCCGCCACUCGCUCCGAAUGGUAAUCCCUGGAUUUUGCCGCAUUCGUGCGGCGAGCUCUGUAACCGUCCGUUGAAGAAUAAUUGUGGCCAUUUCUGCUUGGUGUUGAGUCAGCCGGGGCCGUGCCCUCCCUCCGUGUCCUAA